CGGGCGUGGCCGGGCGCACGGCCCGAGCGGAGAAGGGAGGCACGCGGUGAGGGUGCGGGAGUCGCGGCCGGAGCGGGGCAAGGCGGCGGUGGGCUGAGGAGCAGGUGGGCACCGGGCCAGCCCGGCGCCAGUCCCUGCCAACUACCCCAGGCCGAGCGCGGCGUUUCCGGCUGGCGGGGCGGCGCUCAGACCCCAGCGCAGGAAGAUGUUCAACGUGGAGUCGGUGGAGCGGGUAGAGCUGUGCGAAAGCCUUCUCACUUGGAUUCAGACAUUUAAUGUGGAUACACCAUGCCAGACUGUGGAAGAUUUAACGAAUGGGGUUGUGAUGGCCCAGGUUCUUCAAAAGAUAGAUCCUACAUAUUUUGAUGAAAAUUGGCUAAACAGAAUCAAAACUGAAGUGGGAGAUAAUUGGAGACUAAAGAUUAGCAAUUUAAAGAAAAUUUUAAAAGGAAUCCUGGAUUAUAAUCAUGAGAUUUUGGGUCAGCAGAUUAAUGACUUUACCCUUCCGGAUGUAAACCUUAUUGGGGAGCAUUCUGAUGCAGCAGAGCUUGGAAGGAUGCUUCAGCUCAUUUUAGGCUGUGCUGUGAAUUGUGAACAGAAGCAAGAGUACAUCCAAGCCAUUAUGAUGAUGGAGGAGUCAGUCCAGCAUGUUGUCAUGACAGCCAUUCAAGAGUUAAUGAGUAAAGAAUCUCCUGUCUCUUCUGGAAAUGAUGCAUAUGUUGACUUGGAUCGGCAGUUGAAGAAAACUACAGAGGAAUUAAAUGAGGCUUUAUCAGCAAAGGAAGAAAUUGCUCAAAGAUGCCAUGAGUUGGAUAUGCAGGUUGCAGCAUUGCAAGAGGAGAAGAGUAGCUUAUUGGCAGAAAAUCAGAUAUUGAUGGAAAGACUCAAUCAGUCUGAUUCUAUAGAAGAUCCCAACAGUCCAGCAGGAAGAAGACAUUUACAGCUUCAGACUCAAUUAGAACAAUUACAAGAAGAAACAUUUAGAUUAGAAGCUGCCAAAGAUGAUUAUCGAAUACGCUGUGAGGAGUUAGAGAAGGAGAUCUCUGAACUUCGGCAGCAGAAUGACGAGCUGACUGCUUUAGCUGAUGAAGCCCAGUCUCUGAAGGAUGAAAUAGACGUGCUUAGACAUUCUUCUGAUAAAGUAUCUAAACUAGAAGGUCAGGUGGAAUCCUAUAAAAAGAAGCUAGAAGACCUUGGCGAUUUGAGACGACAGGUUAAACUCUUAGAGGAGAAAAAUACUAUGUAUAUGCAGAACACUGUUAGUCUAGAGGAAGAGUUAAGAAAGGCCAAUGCAGCUCGAAGUCAACUUGAGACAUACAAGAGACAGGUAGUAGAACUACAGAAUAGAUUAUCCGAAGAAUCAAAGAAAGCAGAUAAAUUAGAUUUUGAAUAUAAACGUCUAAAAGAAAAGGUUGACAGUCUUCAAAAAGAAAAGGAUAGGUUAAGAACAGAAAGAGACUCGCUGAAAGAAACCAUUGAAGAGCUUCGUUGUGUACAGGCUCAAGAAGGGCAGCUCACAGCUCAAGGGUUCAUGCCUCUGGGCAGUCAAGAAUCUUCAGACAGCCUGGCAGCAGAAAUUGUUACACCUGAAAUCAGGGAGAAACUUAUUCGUCUUCAGCAUGAGAAUAAGAUGUUAAAAAUUAACCAAGAAGGUUCCGACAAUGAAAAAAUUGCCUUAUUGCAGAGCCUCCUAGAUGAUGCAAAUCUACGCAAGAAUGAACUGGAGACAGAGAACAGGCUUGUGAAUCAAAGACUUUUGGAAGUACAGUCACAAGUUGAAGAACUACAGAAAUCUUUACAGGAUCAAGGCUCAAAAGCAGAAGAUUCAGUUCUUCUAAAAAAGAAGCUUGAAGAACAUCUAGAGAAGCUACAUGAAGCCAAUAACGAGCUGCAGAAGAAGAGAGCCAUUAUUGAAGACCUUGAGCCCAGAUUUAACAACAGCUCCUUAAAAAUUGAAGAAUUACAAGAAGCUUUACGAAAGAAGGAAGAUGAAAUGAAGCAAAUGGAAGAACGAUAUAAAAAAUACUUAGAGAAAGCUAAAAGUGUUAUCCGUACGUUAGAUCCUAAACAAAAUCAAGGAGCAGCACCAGAAAUACAAGCUCUUAAAAAUCAACUCCAGGAACGGGACCGACUAUUCCACUCAUUAGAGAAAGAAUAUGAAAAAACGAAGAGUCAAAGAGACAUGGAGGAGAAAUAUAUUGUUAGUGCCUGGUACAAUAUGGGAAUGACUCUGCAUAAAAAAGCAGCUGAAGAUAGACUAGCUAGCACUGGCUCAGGCCAGUCAUUUCUAGCUAGACAAAGACAAGCAACCAGCACAAGAAGAUCUUAUCCAGGCCACGUUCAGCCAGCUACAGCAAGGUAGAGAAGUCUUGCCGUUAGAAAUAAACAACCUGCAUAGAAGCAUACUUCUGUUACAUAGAACAACAUUUCAGGAAACUCAGCCAGCUUAUUUUUUGUUUCUCUUCUAUGUCAGUAUUUAGUGUUUCCCAUUUGAGGACUUUUUCUCUCUCUGGUAUCUUUGUUUUUUUGUUCUUUAUUUGUAGACAUUUUAGUUCCUUUUAAUGUGCCAAAAAUUUGUAAGUGUCCAAUUAGAAGUGUUGUAUAAUAGUGUAGCACUUUUCUUUGUAUGGAAAUGUUCUCUUCCGCAAUGGUGUAAGCUUUGUAUUGAAUUACAUUUUCUGCCAAUAAUUGAUACACAAUUUAUAAUCUUUAUUGUGCUUAUGUGUUACUGUGCUUUAUAAGAAUGUCUUUGUUUAAAGGGAAUUGAUCUUUUUAUGAUGUAUUAAUCUCUUUUCACUUGUUUUCCAAAUGCACUCAAGUAACUUACAUAUUUACUACGCAGAAUGAUUGACAAGCGCACUUUUUGCAAAGACUUAAAUACAUUGGCAGAGGUGCUAAUUAAAUCUUUCCUAAGGCACCUGGCAGAAUUACUUAAGAGGGGAGAAAAUGAGUUUACAGGGAGCUAAAUUGUCCUAAGAUUUGGAAAAAAAUAUAUGAAAUUUUAUUAUUUUGUGCUAUUCUGUUUGCUGGCAGAAGUGAAUACAUUGGUGAUGUUAUUUGGGGGAGAAAUGAUAGAAGAAAGAAAUCAGGUAGUACAUUAAUUUUUCCUUACUUUGAAAUAACUUAGUAACUGAGGUCAGAUUCAAGCCAUUUGCUUUUCAUUUAGACUUUCAACUUUUUUCCACAACUAAAGGAUUUCUUUUUCAUAUACUUAUGGUUAUUGGGAGCUUUAUCUGUUAGGCAGUUUGUUUACGUGUGUCUCAUUCGUUUUACUUUUAUUCCUGCAUUUAAACUUUUCCAUUUCUCAGUAGUUAUGCUACUUAACAUUUUCCUAUCAGCCAUUAAGAUCAUAAAUGACUUCGUUAUGUGGUAUUCUGAUAGAUCUCUUCAUACUUUUUCCUGGUUAUAUCUACUAGUCCAAAAAUUUGUUAUGAGUACAUUUCAUUGGGUAUUUGUUGGCCUCAAAGUGCUUAUAGACCAUAUUUAUUUACAUUGACGGGUGAUUGUCAAGAAACCAUUGUAAAGCACUUCCUCUGUUAAGGUGCUGUGUACAUGUGAGAUCUCUUUUACUUCAAGAUGAAAUGCCUUUGCUCUAACUUUUUCCAUACUAGUUCUGUAAAUAUUUGGUCCCAAAUCAUAUUUAACUGCCUUUCCAGCCUUUUUCUUACACCAUAGGACAUUUCUUAAAAGCAAAACAAUCCUCAAAUUAGGUCAGUUUUUGUUUGUUUUUACAUAGGUCACUUAAUAUGAUGAUGAUAUUUCAUUCAGUAGCUAUUUGGAAAUUAAGGUUUCAUUUAGUUCUGUGUAUUACAUUACAAAUAAGUAAUUUAAAACAAGCUUAGUGUAACUAAGAAAUUUCAAAAACUGUGUUUGAUUUUAAAUCCUACUUCCUCCUUUAUAAAAAAGUUAACUUAGAGUGCUUUUAUUCUCUGAAAUCAUUCUUAAAUGUAUUAGAGCAUACACAGAGAUGAUGCCAUGCACUGUGCAGUUUUCUACGUCAUGUGAAACUCUGGGCACAGUAUGAGUCCUUUUGCCCACUAAGACCAUUAAAGUAGCAAGGGUUAGUAACAGUGGAGAGAGCCAAGUAAAUAGAAUGGUUGUAACGUUUUAAGAAGACCCAGUCAACAUGUCUGUCUGUAUGUAUGUCUGACAGUUUCCCUGUGUUGCUCAGGCUGGCAUCAUACUCCUGCCUCAGUUUCCUGAGUACCUAGAAUUGCAGGCAUGUAUCACCUUGCCUGGUGAAUGUAGCAGAUUUUCACAGUGAAAGGUUCUUUAAUGUAAGAGGGUUCUGACUUCCAUCUUUAUUUCACAAAUAGCAUAAAGAUUCAAUCAUUUUUAAAGCAGAUGGGGAUAUGAACAUUAAUCUUGAUAAAACUUAAAUUAUUGGGAAAUUAUACCCACCGAAUAAGGUCUCCAACCUGCUUAUUAAAUGAAUUAUGUCUAUAAAGUGAGAGGCUUUCAUUUUCAUCCUGUACUACUGCCUAUUCCUGAACUGUUCACACACCUAUUCAUAUAUUUUCUAAGGGAUUAGAAAAGUGUCAGCCUUUGUAGAAGGAAGUUUUACUUUGCAUAUUCUUUAGCAUCUGCUGUCUGCUAGAACUAUAGUGUUUAUAUUUAUAACUUUUACUCUUUUACUGUACCCUUAAAGUUUGGUACAUUAUUUUCAUUACACAGAAUGAAUUAUAUUUCUAAACAUUUUACAUGUUUAAAAACAGGUCAGGCGUGGUGGCGCAUGCCUGUAAUCCCAGCACUCAGGAGACUGAGGCAGGAGGAUCACUGUGAGUUCAAGGCCAGCCUGGGCUACAGAGUAAGUUCAAGGCCAGCCUGAACUGCAUAGGGAAACCGUGUCUCAAAAAGUCAAAAGAAAAAAGAAAUAAAAAAUAAAAACAAAAUAGGCUUUUAUAAGGAGUACUAUAUGAAUAUAUUUUAGGUGUCAGAAACCAAGAACAAACUAGGCUAGGGAUAUGGGUAGAACGCUUGGUAUGCAAGGUGCUGAGUUUCAUCCCUGGCACCAAAAGAGAGCCAAGAAUAAAAUGUAACUCUGACAGUAGUAGUCUUUUCCUUGUCCAGAUUUAGAUGGGAUUUAUGAUGUUUGUGUUUCUUCAGUAAUUUCUCAGGGCGUUUGUGGUAAUGCAUACUCUGUCUAGAAGUUCAGAGAUGACUGGAGCAGCUUGGUCUAGACGGGAACUAUACUUGGAUAUGUUUUCCUACACUCCUCGCAUUGUUGGCUUCCCGAAGCCACAGUGAGCUUGAGUAGUGGAGGAAUCUGGCGUCGGUGGAGUCCAUGCACUGUCAUUGUCUGCGGUGGGGUAAGCUGUCCCCACAGCACCUGGCUUUCACUCAGAAAAGCCUGUGUUGCUUUUCUUCUAACCAUCAUGGGAGAGUCAAGUCAAUAAAGAAGAACAUUAAUAUUUAUGUUCCACAGUGUGCAUUUCAGAAGUUAGUAAUAGAAGAAUCUAGUGAAUACCAUUUUUCAUAUCUGAAAUGAGAUCAUGCCCUUGCAUAUCUUAAAAGAACUUUAAAAAAUUGAAUUGAAUUUAACCAUUUGUUGAGUUACUUGCUAGUACUGCAACAAAGAAAAAGGCGUUCCUAAUAAAAGAACCAUGUUUCAGAAUUUAUCAUUAAAGAAUUAUUUCUACUAGAUAUCUCUAGCCUGGCAAAAUUUGUUUAAUGAGAUGAUUAAUUAUAAUAAGGAUAAUACAGCUUUGAUUUUCUUGAAGUUUUAAUAUUUUGUUACUGAUAAAACCUCGGUUGUACAAAAUUAAGCUAAAUAUUUUUUGAUCUGACAUAUUCUGUUUCAUUAAUUCUCACAAAGAAAUGAAAAUCCAUGCUGUGCAAAGUAGAGGAUUGCUAAUUAAAGGAUGAGUUAGGUUGAAGGAAAGACAGAUUUUAUUUGAGCCACUUUACUCUUUUUAGUAGCAGUUUUAAGUCUUAAGAUGUGAAAUAUUGUUGAGUGUCUGCAGCUGCCAUUCAAGUACCCAUCUGUCAUUUCAAUGAUAAUACCAUGUUUUAAACUUUAAAAUCUUUGCCUCCAUGUAAGAAUUAUCUUACUAAAAAUCUAUAUUUAAAAAAGAUUCCUUAACUUUCUGCAUUUAAUCUCAUGUAGCUACUCAGACCUUUUAUUCCAGGAAUGGUACAAUUAUGCAGGGUUGGGAAACAUGCAAUUAAUUGAUCUGAAAACAUCCACAGCUGGUACAAAUUUGCUACUUUAUACCCAUGUGGAUAAGAGUAUCUUUGAUCCUAAAGUGUUUGAACUCUUGCUUUUUGCUAAGGCAAAAUAAGAAAAUAUGAAUAUUAUUAUAAAAAGUAUUUUGCCCCCUCCCCUUUUUCUUCGGGAUGGGGUUUUUCUACGUAGGGAGUUCAGCCUGGCCUUGAACUCACUACACACCCCAGGCCGAUGUCAGACUUGGAGUGGUAAUUCUUGCUGUGGCCUCCUAAAUGCUAGGACACAAGCAUGCACCACCUUGUCCAGCUGACUUCUUAUCUUGUAUCAUAAGGGGAGAUUUUUGCCGGAAUUGCCAUUUAACUGAUGUUGUGAAGGCUAUGUGGUACUGUAAAGUAGGAUGAAAGAAUAUCCUGAACACAAUAAAACGAGAUGGCAAAAUCCAUGGAAAUUAUUUUGUCAUGGUUUUUAUUUUUCUGUAAGUUAAAAAGGAUUUCAAAAAAGUAAACUUUUUCCUGUAGCCUAGUCAAAAUGGCAACUUCUCUGGGUAGUUUAUUCAACCCAGUUUGAAAAUGGCUUCUAAAUUUAUUAGGAUUAUUGUUAUCCUUAUUUUUAAUUUUGGGAGUUUUGUUUUUGUUUUUUGGGGGCCCUUGCUAUGCAGCUUAGGCUGGCCUUGAACUUCCUGUGUAGCCCAGACUGGCCUUGAACUCAUGACGAUCCUCCUGCCUCAGCCUCCCAAGUGCUGGAUUACAAGCAUGUGCCACCAUGUGGCUGAUUUAUAGAGAAUAUUUAAAUAAUUGGUAUAUGUUUCUUUUAUUAAGAUUUUUGAAAAUUUUUUCUUCGUUGUCCAAUAUUACCACACAAUAAAGUUCUAGAGUUUUACAAAAUAGAAACCAUUCUCAGAAGCCUACAUAUUGUAAAAUAAUUUGCUGCUGACAUGGCAAGUUUCUGUUCUUCCCCAUUCCUCUGAAUUAUGAAAGAGUAGCACCCUUUUUAUAAAAUGAAGGACAACAUAAAUAUAAUUGUAUCCAUCUCUUUUAAAUCACUGAUUAUGUUCUUGGGAAGUACAUGGUGAUUGGUAAUCCAGUUCACAUGCAUUAUGUUUAUGAAUAUAAAACAAAAUCUAUAAUUAGAACCUUUAAAUCAUGGAUUCUUCCCAUUGAAGCAAAAUAAGAGAGAUGUGACAUUGUUUUUUGACCAAGAGACCUAAACCAAAGUAGGUCCACUUUAUGAGUUUUGGCAGUUGUGGGUUCCAUAAGUGCUUCCCUAGAGCCGUGAGUGUGUACACACACAUAUGUAUGUGCAUGUAUUUACAUAUUCAAUAUUAUUUGCUGUCUCCAGUAUUCUUCUGUUUUAUAUUCUGUAAGGUUAAGUUUACAUAUAGUGUAUAAGUGAAAAUUGAAGUUAACAAAGCUGUUAAGGCACAUCUAUUCUGGAAAGUAGAAUGGGGAUACUGCACUAAGAAGUAUCUAGGCAGUUAAAAAUACUAACAGUGAAAACUUAAACUGUCUUAUAAUAGUUUACAUAAAAUCUUACUUGUUAAAGAGUAUUCACACGUCUAAUUUCUAGUUGCCCUUCAGUGAGUAUUAACCAAGCGUGUAUGUGUUUAGUUAACUGUAACUGUACUAUAAUGUAACUGUAUGUGUUCAUUAGUGCCCAGAAAAUUAUUUUUUUAAGGAAAAUUAUUUCAUUGUGAGACAAAUGAUUACUGUAUCUGUGAUGAUUAUUUCAGGCCAUUCAAAAUGCUAUGAUGAGAUGAGGAAAAGAAAACCUGUGGUGGCUGAAAAUAAUGGCCAGCAGUCAUCAGAAUCUGCCUUUGUCCAGUGUACACGCCAUUAGCUAAAUUGGAUUUCAUUACAUGUGGUAGCCCCACAAAAAGAGUACUAUUCAGAAUAAAGACAAAAAUAAAAUUCUUAAAAGCAUAUUCAAAGUGAGCCACUAGGUACAUGAUACAUUACCACUAGACUCAGAAUCAAGAUUAAAACAGAGGUGUCUGUAGACCCAAAAUUUUGGAAUGAUGAGGCUCUCAAACCCAGAAUUAUAUCUUCCCUGAACUUAAAGGAAAAAUUAAAUACCAUAAAAAAGAGCAAACCUCCAAGAACUCAAAAUAUGCUGAGGCUUCAGUGUGCCAUAUAUGCAUAAAAGCCUCUGAACAAGCUUUAUCAUGUGAGAGCUCUAAUCUGGGAAAAAAUAAUAUGGUAAUAAGUACAGUAUUUGUGUUACAAAAUGAAUUUUUUAAAAAUGUUCUUGAUAUAUUUAUCAACCUAUGGACACAUUCUAUAGUGUUUAUAUAUCAGUAUUAGAGAAUGAGUAUCUUAAUAUUUACUGUUAUUUUAGUCAUUUAUAUGUUAUUUAUACUUUGCUGCAAAAUUCACAGCACUUUACUAAUACUAUUGUUUCUUUCUACUUUUCUGUGUUAUUUUUUAUUAAUAUCUUAAAUUCAGAAAUCUGAAGUUGUAAACCUAGAAAUGUGUAGCUGGAUUGGGCUACUGGGCAUGGGUUACUUCUGACCUGUCAUAUUAGGAAGCUUCCAUUGUAAUGUUACACAACAAAAUCCAGAUAUUCUGAGAUGCUAAUACUUGAAACUUUGGUUUUUAGAGUUGGCUAAUAAAACAAAACUGUUUUCUGGUUAGGCAUAAGAUUUUCUUACCUUUCUUUGUACUGUCUCCAAAAAUAUGAACUUACAAAGUGUCCCUGACUAAUAGUUUCUUCAUCGUUGCAAAUACGCAGAGUAGGAGAAAGCAAGCUACUGUCACAUCAGAGAAUCUGAAAAGUAGUGGAAGUAAUGGGAAAAGGCAAAAUGCCAGAAUACCACAAAAAACAUUCUUAGUUUUAUAGCAGAUUCAUCUUUGGUCUUGGCUCUUUUCCUAAGUUCAUACUGGACAAAAUUUUCAGUUUGCUGUAUUAAGAGAUUUUUUUAAGUGCCAGAAAUUUUCUGUUUAUAACAUGAAUGUAUUAAUAUUCAAAUCAUAGACCCAAAGUACUGAAAUAUUUGUUACAUAAACACAGGCAUAUAGUUACCUCCAAAAAAUAGAAAGAUUUGCUUAUGGGGAUAUUGUCUUGUUUCAUUUUUUUAGAUGAGAUGCUCAUUUUUGAUUGUAUAAAAGUUUCUGAAUUGGGGUUGGGGGAAUAGGUCAGUGAUAGGAUACUUGCUAGCAUGUAUGAGACCCUGGCUUCCGUUCCCAGAGUCUUUCUUAAGCCAGUCCACCUAGAAGACAGCAAAAGUUUCACACACAAGAACAAAAUACACUUUUAAAAUCUAAUUAAUUGUUGAAUGAAUAAGUCUCUUUCAAAAAGUGUUUUAACUUUCACUGGCUCCCUAUUAAUCUAAGUAAGAAUUCAUUAGCAGCCAAUUCAGAACCACCAGCCACAUGUGGCAGUUCAAAUGAAUUAAGUCAAGUUAGAACUUGAGUCCUUGCAUCCCCACUUGGGGAGUGUUCUACAGGUGUAAGACAUUCCCCUCAUUGCAGAAAAUGUUGUUUGCCAGCACUUGUGAUACACAGGAGAGGACAAAAACAAAGGCCGGCAAUCAGUGUGACAACUCAUAGUUCAGCACCUACUAGAAGAAGGCUUUUUUCUUAUAAAAAUGAGCCUUUUUAGAGGACCCUAGAACUUGAACUCACUGUGAAGCCAGUCUGGCCUUAAAUCGCAGUGACCCUCCUGAGGCAGGAGUGCUGUGAUUACAGAUGACCACCACCACGCCCAGCCAAAUACUUUUCGGUCAUAGCCUCCUCCUCUUAAUAACUUGGAUCAUGAAUCAAAUUGUUUUAUAUAUAACUUUCACUAAUAACUUUUACCAAGCAUUUACUAAUAGAAUGUGAUUUAGCUAGUGAAAACAUUUCAAAGUAUCUAUUGUAAAUUUACUUGGUCUGUUACAAAAUGCUGAAUGUAGCUAAAAUGAUAUACUGACAUAUCUUUGAAAUUGUUUUGGUGAAAACAAGGGAUUUGUGUGUUGUCACACAUGUAAGCACAGGGAUCUAAUCCAGCACCUCCCUCAUGCUAGGCAGGCAUUUUGUUAAUCAUAACUCUUUUUUAGUAAACUUGGUGCUUGGUUAAAAGUACCCUGUUAGGAAGUCACAAGACUUCCCUCUUCCUGUUUAAAGUUCUAUAAUCGGACAACAGAAUUGACCUAGUAGUGUCAAACUCCAAACAAUAUAUGUUGAAAUUCUUAUGUAUUCCAAAUAUAAGUGGGUGAAUAUUUUAAGAGUUUUAUUAUUUUCUCUGUGGCCUGAUUUAAUGUGUGUUCUACAAAGACACAUAGUAGUUAAGGAAAAUUUUCACUGUGGUUGAAAUUUUAAGAAGCCUUUUACUAUAAAUACAGGAAAUGACUGUACACAAAUGCCAAUCCAUGAUUUGGGACCUUUUAAUUUUUUUUUUAAAUCUUUUGUUUUUUAUUAGCCUUACUGAUUCAAAUGCACUAAAAUGUCAUUGCUGUCACAAAUUUUGCUGUUUGCAGAUUCUUUAUAAUUGAUAAUGGUUUGGACUUUAGAAAAUAAUUUCUAGGUUAUUUUGCAAUUUUACAUAUAUACAGUUGCCCCACAUUUAUAACACCUACUUUUUAAUUGUAUAAUAAUAAAAUUCAAACACUUAGUAAUUUACUUUGAUUUCUAAAUUUAAAAUAUCAGAAAUUUAGACACAUAUAAUGGACUUACUUCCCUGUAGUACAUUUGUAACUUUUCAGAUGAGCUGGAAAGCACGUUGGUACAUUGGAGUUGGAGUUGAUUACCAUCCCAGCUCUAAAGCCUUAUUAUUCUGAUGUCUUAAGAAGUAUUGAUUGUUCUGUGAAUUGUUGUUUUCAUUCACCACUUUUCAUUUUAGCCUUUGCAAAAUGUAUUGCUGAGUACAUUCUUAUUUCCUAUUGACUAUUGAAUUUAUAAUUCUAUAAAUAUUCUUUUAUAAUCAAGAAUGAUGUCCACUCAGGACUCUGAAUUCCUCACUUCACAAAUGAGAAUACAAUAUGGAUCUACCAACAUUGUACAUAACAGUGCCCAAGCAUUUUUUCACCUGUUCACCAAACACUUGCUAUGUAUUGAAAUUGUUACAUUUCUCAAUCAUUUUUGAGGUGAAUUGACUUGUUAGAGAACGACCGAAGAAUUGUAACUAAAGCCACAGAUACAUAAAAGUCCAAGAAAUCAUCAAAAGAUGGAUUUCUUAGUGUUUUUAUUUUUAAAUAUUGGAUUUACUUUUGGUAAUAUUUUUUCAUUUUAAUUUGAUGAUUGUCAGUUUGUUAUGGUACUAUAUGUAUGUGUUUAUGUGUAUGCAUAUAAUAUAUGUAUAUGUAUAUGAAGAAUAAAGUUAAGAUUUGGUCAAACUAUAUUUUCCCAUUCAAGUACAAAAAAUGUUUUCAAGGCUGCAAAAAGUGUACAGUUGUUAAACAAGUUGUAAAUAAAGACUUGUAUAAAAAUUUCA